AUGGAGAGCUAUGARGAGUUCUGUAUGCGGAGUUUGGCCAUGCUGCAGGAGGGGAAACUCAAGAAGAAGACAUGUGAGCCGCUUUGUUCCCUGAAAACAGGCUCUGUCAUCCGCUUUCAUGGGAUACCUAUACUUUUGCCUUUGAAUGAAGAGAGAAGUGAAGAGGAAGAGGAGGAUGAUGAUGAGGACAUAAGCUUGGACAGCCUCCUUAAGAGAUCGAGGGAGUACGUGCAACGGGAGCAGAAUCAGCAGAGAUCAGCAGAGAUGGUUGACCCGAUCAGCAAGGUUCCSCCAGCAGAGUGUGUUUCUCUCAAACAGCAGCAGAGGUGUAGCCCCAUCAUGGACUCUGGUGUUGAGUUUGGAUUCAGUCUGCAUCACAGCCCAGUUGGCCCAACGCCAAUGCAGCAGCAGCCUCCAUAUGACCCCAGUCCCCAAAAGUCUGUCCCCCUCUCACCGGUCAAACCAGAGCGAUAUGCUCACCUCCCUAGCCCGGAGUCCAGCGUCAGCCCCCGUCCAUGUAGGCGCAAACCACGGCCAGUUUCUACAGGGAACAUCCACAUCUCGUUUCCAAUCGGCCCUGCAGACCUAAUCGCUCGAAGCCCAGGGAGGGUAGAGGAUGGCGCUGGACGGGUGAACUGGUCAGAGGCUCUCUCGGCUGGUUCCAUCUGCAACUUGGGUGUAGAGAGGAGGGAUAGCAACCGUCGCUCCAGUCACUGCGGAUUUCGCCGGCGYUGCCACACACUGGACAGCCAGCUAAAUACCUUCCAGUCUGGAGCUGASCAGGUUGACCGGAGCCAGGAAAGGCUCCCUCGCUUCAUGGCAGGUGUUACGUGGCUUGCUCCAAGUAGGCGCACCCCAGCUGCCCCUUUAAACCAAUCAUACAAGGUAGAAAGCCCUUCUGCGUGUCUGCUGAGGCCCCGUGGGAGUCCAGAUGAGUCCCCGGUGCCGAACAACAGCAAGAAAACACCAGUUGUCCUGAGAAAUGCUACUGAGUUACAAGUCAAGUCAGAGGAGACGCAGUGGCGAACCCAGGCUCUGGAAGAUAUGCAAAGGCGUUUAGAGGAGGAACAUGCCCUGCAGAUGUCCAUCCUUCUAGCUGAGCAGGAAAAGGAGCAACAGCGCCUCCAUCUGGAGCUCGAGGAGACAGAGARAAGACUGAAGAAGCACGAGUGUGAGAGGCCAAGAAGUGGGGACACGUUUGACUGGAGCUACAGGUCUGUGAGUGGCAGCUGUCCCAUAAUGAGCCCCUCCUGUCCUGGACUGAGCCCCAUUCACACUUCAUCAGAGCGACCGUCUGGGCACACUUUAGGUUUUCCCAGUGCGGUUCCUGCCAGUGUGAUGACCCCCCCUGUCCAGCCUGCUGCUUAUCUGUGGGGAUCGACAAGRACAGCAAACAAAUCCCGAGUGAGGCUAAGUCUGGUUCUAACAGCAGAGCAUCAGAAGGCUUUUUGUCAAAUCGGUGCCAUGAUUCGUGGCUUCCUCACMCGCAGGYUGCUCAAAACAGAGAAGCUGAAACAGCUGUGCCAAACCGUUGUGGAUACGCAAGAAUUCAUUCAAUCAUUUGAGACUGAAGCUGCACAGAAGAGAGGACCCUACACAGCACAAGAUCUCUCCCUGCAGGAGAGAGUCAGAGCCCAGCUACGUGCAGCCCUGUAUGACAUCCAUGAGAUCUUCUUUGAAAUACCUUUGAGGGACCGACUGGCCCUUCUGCAGCAGGAAAGGGAGCUGCGUGCAGAGAGGAAGCUUCGAGAUCUGGAGAAAGCCAAGACCCCCAAAGACAGAGUGUCUCUCUCUGCUGCUACACAGAGGUCUCUGGACAGGAAGAAGAAGGUCAGCGAAUCGCCAGCAGCGGCCAGGAAGGCGCAGCAUAAGCCAAAAAGCCCCACCACCAACAGAGUUCAGAAGCCAAGUCAGGGCCAGACUUCCUCUACUCCAGGCCAGCUGAACCGUCAGGGGAGCUGGUACAGAAAGACUCCAGAAGACAGAGUGAGGCGCUUGGACACCAUGAAGAAGCARCACUCUUUGGGUUAACAAACACAUUAAUGCCUGACGAUCUGCUAUCUUGAAUUUUUAAAAUAUUUUAUUAGACAUCCUGUACAAGUGAAGCCACUWCUCUCYGUGCUGCUAAGUUUCACUCCCAUCCGUGUUCACCUUCUCACUGUAAUGCCCACUUGUAAUACGAUCUUAUUGUUCAAAUUUGUUGUUACCUGCUGAAGCUGUGUCUGUUUUUUUUUGUCUUCCAACAAAUGAUUGUAUAACAAGAAUGUAAUGUGUGUUGAGGAAUUUUAUAAGCAGGCUAGUAUUUAAGAAAGAGAGAGGCAGCUGCUCAAYGGCUGAACGUAAGUCAGAGCCAAAACACAGUAAGUUAGAAAUGUAUCUGUGCCUGAGAACUACACCUUGCUGCCAGCAUGUUUAUUCUCUAUUAUCUCCUGUGAUCAUAAACACUAAGUGCUCGUGG